AUGCGGGCGGUCGGCGCGGCGGCGGGCGCGGGGCUGCUGGCGGCGGCGGCGGCGGCGGCGGCGAAGCUGGCGCUGGGGCGGCGGCGGGGCGCGGCGGCGGGCGGCGGGCUGGAUGUGCUGCUUCGAGGAGGCUGCUUCGGCUUGGUGUUCGCAUGCAAUGCGGUCAUGUGGACGGUCUUCGCAAAAGCCCUGCGCCUCUCCUCCUCCUCAGCUGCUGCCUCGGUGACCACAAUGGCCUCCAACUUCAUCUCCUCGGCCAUCCUGGGCAAGUUGCUGUUUGGGGAGACGUGGACGCUUCUGUGGUGGAUUGGCCUUGCCGUGACGCUGGGCGGCCUCGUGCUGCUGCACACCGCUGCGCCCCAGGCAGCGCGGCUGCCGCCGGAGGAGAAGCAGAAGUGAGGUGGACAGGGGGGUUCCCUGGGCAGUGCCAGCCCUCGUGAGACCUUGGCUGCCAGACCUGCUUCAGGUCCCCAGAGAUGCUGACAAGCGAUGCCAUCCCCUAUGGACAUGACGUGCUUAGCACUGCUGGGCCAAUGGUGUUGGGUUAAGAAGAACAGCACACUGCUGCGCGUGUUCAACAUGUGGCGUUGGCAGGGGGACAGUCCAGGAAUCGGGCAAAAUCUGCUCUCCCCAGACUUCUGGGCAGCUCACCAAGCAAUUAUGGUUUCAUACUAAGUAAGGCUGAGAUACGGUUUUGUGUGUCACCAUUUGGCUGAGACAGAUUUCCUUCCCCUCCCCUUUACCCUUGGGAGUCCGGAGGAUUGUGCAGCCAUGCGAAAUGCAGUUGUGGCAGUCGAUGGGAGAGCUGGAGAAGACACCAUUUCAUCUGCCAAGGUGGGCUUGCUCCCCAGCUGCCUCCAAAAUGCUGGACCUCUGCCACUGCCUUGCAGGGCAGUUCCUUGAAACAACUCAGCUUGGAACGUUUCCCUUUUUCUCUUUUUUAGCCUGGUAAUGUUUUCAUUAUUGACACAGAAUCAUAGAAUCAGUAAGGUUGGAAGGGACCUCUGGAGAUCAUCUAAUCCAACCUCCCCACUCAGCAGGGUCACCUAGAGCAUGUUAGACAGGGUUGCAUCCAGGCGGGCCUUGAAUAUCUCCAGAGAAGGAGACUCCACAACCUCUCUGGGCAACCUGUGCCAGUGCUCCAUCACUCUCACAGGGAAGAAAUUCCCCCUCAUGUUCAGGCGGAACUUCCUGCGCUUCAGUUUCUGCCCAUUGCCUCUUGUCCUGUCACAUGGGACAACUGAAAAGAGUUUAGCCCCAUUGCCUUGACACCCUCCCUUCAGGUACUUGUACACAUUGAUAAGAUCCCCCCUCAGUCUUUUCUUCCCCAGGCUGAAGAGGCCCAGCUCUCGCAGCCGUUCCUCAGAGGGCAGAUGCUGCAGCCCUCUGAUCAUCUUUGUAGCCCUACACUGGACUCUCUCCAGUAGCUCCAUGUCUCUCUUGUACUGGGGAGCCCAGAACUGGACACAGUACUCGAGAUGAGGCCUCACGAGGGCUGAGGAGAGGGGCAGGAUCACCUCCCUCGACCUGCCGGCAACGGUCUUGCUGAUGCACCCCAGGAUACUGUUGGCCUUCUUGGCCACAAGGGCACAUUGCUGGCUCAUGGUCAACUUGUCAUCCACCAGCACUCCCAGGUCCUUCUCUGCAGUGCUGCUCUCCAGCAGGUCAACCCCCAGCCUGUACUGGUGCCUAGGGUCCUGCUACGUGCAGGACUCUGCACUUACCCUUGUUGAACCUCAUGAGGUUCCUCUCUGCCCAACUCUCCAGCCUGGCCAGGUCUCUCUGAAGGGCAGCACAGCCCUCAGGUGUAUCAGCCACUCCUCCCAGCUUGGUAUCAUCAGCAGACUUGCUGAGGAGGCACUUUGUCUCCUCAUCCAGGUCAUUGAUGAAGAAGCUGAACAGGAUGGGACCCAGUACUGAGCCCUGCGGGACGCCACUAGCCACAGGCCUCCAACCAGACUCCACACCACUGAUGACAACCCUCUGAGCUCUGCCUUUCAGCCAGCUCUCAAGCCACCUCACUGUCCACUCGUCUAACCCACACUUCCUGAGCUUAUCUAGGAGGAUGUUAUGGGAGACAGUGUCCAAAGCCUUGCUGACGUCAAGGUACACAACGUCCACUGCUCUGCCCUCAUCUACCCAGCCAGGCAUUCCAUCAGAGAAAGCUGUCAGAUUGGUGAAGCAGGAUUUUCCCCUUGGUGAAUCCAUGCUGGCUACUCCUGAUCACCUUCUUUUCCUUCACAUGCUUAGAGAUGACAUCCAGAAUGAGCUGUUCCAUCACCUUUCCAGGGAUGGAGGUGAGGCUGACUGGCCUAUAGUUGCCUGGGUCCUCCUUCUUGCCCCUUUCGAAGACUGGAGUGACACCAGCCUUCUUCCAGUCCUCAGGCACCUCUCCAGUUCUCCAGGACCUUUCAAAGAUGAUGGAGAGCGACCUGGCAACAACAUCUGCCAGCUCCCUCAGUACCUGUGGGUGCAUCCCAUCUGGGCCCACAAAUCUGUGGAUGUCUAGCCUGCUCAGAAGGUCUCUAAUCCUAUCCUCCUCAACCAAAGGAAAGUCUUCCCUUCUCCAGACUUUCUUCCUCACAUCCAGGCUCUGCAAUUCAUGGGGGCUGCCCUUAGCAGUGAAGACUGAAGCAAAGAAGGCAUUCAGUAACUCUGCCCUCUCUGUAUCCCUUGUCACCAGGGCCCCCGCCCCAUUCAGUAGUGGGCCCACAUUUUCCCAAAUCCUCCUCUUGCUGCUGAUAUAUCUGAAGAAGCCCUUCCUGUUGUCCUUGACAUCCCUUGCCAGACCCAAUUCCAGCUGGGCCUUAGCCUUCCUCGCAGCAUCUCUACAUACUCUGGCUGCAUUCCUAUAAUUCUCCCAAGUAGCCUGUCCCCUCCUCCACAUUCUGUGUAUUUUCUUCUUCUGUCUGAAUUUGGCCAAGAGCUCCUUGCUCACCCAUUCAGGUCUCCUGCCCCCUUUGCUGCGCUUCUUACUCAUAGGGAUGCACCGCUCUUGAGCUUGGAGGAAGUGAUGUUUGAAUACUAGCCAGCUCUCCUGGACCCCUCUUCCUUCUAGGGCCUUAACUCAUGAAAUUCCACCAAUUAGGUCUCUGAAGAGGCCAAAGUCCACUCUCCUGAAGUCCAGGGUUGCAAUCCUGCUUGUUGCCUUACUUCUUUCCCGCAGGAUCCUGAAUUCCACCAUCUCAUGGUCACUGCAGCCAAGGCUGCCCUCAACCUUCACAUCUCCAACCAGUCCCUCUCUGUUGGUAAGGACAAGGUCCAGCAGGACACCCUUCUUCGUAGACUCCUCCAUGAUUUGUGACAAGAAGUUAUCAUCAGCGCAUUGCAGGAGCCUCCUGGACUGCUUGUGCCUUGCUGUGUGGUCCCUCCAGCAGAUGUCAGGGUGGUUGAAGUCCCCCAUGAGAACCAGGGCCUGUGAUCUUGAGGCUACUUCCAGCUGUCUGUAGAAGGCCUCAUCAACUUUCUCUUCCUGGUCAAGUGGCCUGUAGUAGAUACCCACAACAGUGUCCCCCAUCUUGGCGUGCCCUUUGAUCUUUACUCAUAACUUCUCGAUUGCCUCCUCCUCCACCCCUAGGCAGAGCUCGAUGCAUUCCAGUUGCACUCUCACAUAAAGAGCAACUCCACCACCUCGCCUUCCUGGCCUGUCUUUCCUAGAAAGCACAUAUCCAUCCAUGACAGCAUUCCCGUCGUGAGAGCUAUCCCACCAUGUCUCCAUGAUUGCAAUGAGAUCAUGGCCCUGUGGCCACACACAGAUCUCCAGCUCCUCCUGUUUGUUCCCCAUGCUGCAUGCAUUGGUGUACAGGCAUUUCAAAGAGGUAGUCAUGCCUGCAGGUUUCCCAGGAAGGGUGUAAGGGGGUCCCACAUAGCCGUGUCUCACAUGCACAUCCCCAGCUGCAUGUACCCGUUGGAGGCCCCCCAACCCAACUUGUGUUUUGUUGUCUACACUGUCUCUAUGACAACCCCCCACUUCCCUUCUACCUAGUUUAAAGCCCUCUUUACUAGGCUGGCCAACCUGUUGGCAAAGGCAAAUGUGCCCCACUUGGUUAGGUGAAUCCCAUCUCUCCCCUCCUAAUCCUACCCAUAGCCCCCUCAUCCUGUGCUCCAUUUCCAUCUUUUCUUCUUGCGCCAGAGUGCCUGUGCCAGUCACACACGUUCAGACUCGUUACCCUGUUUGCAUGCUUAUCUGUGGAGUAGCAAAGGUGCACACGCAACAUCUUUCCUGGUAGGUACCAGGAAACCAGGCACCAGCCUUUCCAGAUGCAUGGUAAUGGUGACCUCCUACACUGUGUCAGUAACGACUGCUCCAGAGAGAGGUGGCCUCUUCUGAGUCAGUGUACUGGAAAUGGAGACCAGAGGCUUAUCAGCCACUCCUCCUCUUCACACCCCAAUGUUGUGGAGCUUUCUCCAUUUGGGGGUAGAAAUUUGAAAGUAAACAUGGUGGCUGUAGAAGGUUCCUGGGCAUCAGAGCUUUUCUGUAAGAGGAACUGGCCUGAAAUAGAAAAGCAAACAGAAAUAGCUGCUGAAGACUUCUGACAUGUCUGUUCUGCUAUUUGUGGUUUCCCUCUCUACCUCUGGAAAUGCCCCUGUGCUCAUCGUAGCUUCUCAUUGCUCAGGAAACUGUGGAGUACUUAAUUAGUUCCUUCAGCUUGCCCAGUCAGUCACAUACAGCUUUCAACUUGCCAUCUACGUCUGCUGCCUAUACUUCCCGCUUCCCCAUUCCUGACCUAUUGCUCAUUUUGAUGUAAGGUUGAUGCGGUUAAGGCUUUUUCCCUUAAACUUAACCAGGAUGGAUUUUUGAUCACCAUCCCUGGUUCUGGGUAGGUCGGACAGAUUUUGGUGGGAAGGGAACAGAGCACACAUGAACCACGAGCAGUUUUCAUUAAGGGUACGCAUGUUCAGUGCAGGUUAUGUGAUAAAAAGCUCUCCACAAGCAGAAAGGGGCACAGUGAGACCGUGGCUGGUGGGGGAACCCACAUAAUCCUCUGCCUGGCUGUUCCCAGGCCCAUUGCAGGAGUGCAUUCAGCCCAGCAAGGGCUCUCACCACCACAAGCUCAGAAGAGCAUGGAGGCGUAAUGGCAGUUGGGGCACCCAAAUUACCCGUUUGGAGGAGUGACACCCUGUCCAGCUACGCCAGGGGAGCAUCAGCCCUGGGGUGACACUUGGUGCGAGGAGACCACAGAGGCGACUCUCCCGAGCACCUUUUGGACUGGGGGAGUGCCUGCCCCGGGGAGUGGGACAUGUUGUGGGACGCAGGGGAAGAGCAUUUGGGGAUUGUACAAGGUUUAUUACGGGGCGCUUGCAGGAGGAACCAAGAGCAGAGAAAGGGAGGGAUCUGGGGGAUUUGAGGAGGAACAAACAUGGGAAACCAGAGGGCUAAGAGGGCAAAAAGGGGGCUCGGUCAGGUGGAAAUGGGGCUGAUCAGUGCACGUGCCAGGCCAUGUGCUAUGCCUGAGCAGUCUGUCCUGUCUUCUUAUUAAAUCCA